UACUCUAUCACAGAUUUACAGUAGUCAAACACUCAAAACCCAUAUGUCUAUACUUUAUUGGGAGGAAAGGAAAACAGUUAUAUUCCUCACAUUUGAAUCCAAACCCUUUCAAUCAAUAAUUCUCCAGAAAUGCACGGGAUUCCGCGCAAAGCCCCAACUCAGGAAGAGCGAGAUGACUCCUCUCUCAAAGCCGCCAAACUUCGUGAUCUCCAAUCUCUGCUCCUCCACUUUCACCACAACAAAAUAUACACGGAAGAAGCGAUUGAAAUUAGUGCCAAGCUGUUGGAAUCUAAUCCCGAGCAUUACACCGCUUGGAAUUACCGGAAGCUCGCGGUUCAGCACCUUCUCGAUCGGCACCAGCAGAAUCAACUUGAUUCGCAGUCGCCCCAAUCAAUUCUUGAUGAUGAAUUGAUACUUGUAGAGAAUGCAUUGAAGACAAACUUUAAGGCUUAUGGGGCGUGGCAUCAUCGCAAAUGGGUCCUAAGUAAGGGUCAUUCAUCCUCGGAUAGGGAGUUGCGGCUUCUGGGGAAGUUCCAGAAACUGGACUCCCGAAAUUUCCACGCAUGGAAUUACAGGAGGUUUAUAACAGAACUAAAGAAGAUUCCGGAUGAAGAUGAACUUCAAUACACCACUGAUAUGAUAUAUGACAAUUUUAGUAAUUAUUCUGCCUGGCAUAACCGAAGCAUGCUUUUGUCUAAACUACUUGAGAAAAGUGCAAAAGGAUAUGAAAAAAGAGAGAAUGUCUUGAGUGAGGAGUUUGAGUUUGUGCGCAAUGCUCUCUUCACAGACCCUGAUGAUCAAAGUGGCUGGUUUUACCAUUCGUGGCUUCUGGGUCAAACAUUGAAGCGGGAGCCUCUAUUUCUUUCUUCAUCACCCCCUCAUGGUUCUAAUCUAUCUUUAUCAAUUGAUAAACCAUACAGAGAAAGACAUUUUCCCCUAAUUUUAUAUUUCAGUGAAGCAGUUGGAGGUGUUAGUUCGUCUACAGUCAAUGUAGAAUAUUUUUAUGAUGGUGGUGAUGGUCUUAUUUGGUUUCCACUUGCGGCAAAUAAACUUGGGUUUUCCCAGGCUUGGUUAACUUACAUUAAGUAUCCUCUUGACACCUUAGAAUCCUUCCAUGUAAAGGUUACUAUCGCACAGUUUCCAGGCAUUAUUUCUUCAAGUGGUAUGCCAUGUAGUCGGUCUUGUUAUAUAUAUUUCACUGCAAGUAUAUGUUUAAACAAUCAAGAGGAUUCCGAGCUGCAAACUACACACAAAAUAUCAUGGAAUGAGGAGAAUAUUAAACCUCAUUCUACCCAUCCUGAAGAUGCAAACUUGCUUGCCUCACUAUGUAAAUUAGACAUUACAAAGGAGAAUAAGCCAACCACCCCUAUGUUGUGCAUGGAGACUAUAUCUAAUGAAAUUGCUUGCAGCCGGGAACUGUUGUUGUCAUCAAACUGUAAAAUUGGAAAACUUACUCUUGCAAGACUCUUGGUGGCACACAACACAUUGAUCACAUAUGGUUGCAUGGAUUCCGGAACUGAGGCUAAUUAUGAAGAAAUUCUUGCACUUUAUCAUGAUUUAAUGAAGAUGGAUCCUGCACAUAUUGGUUAUUAUGAGGAUGAGUAUAGCUUAGUGCUAAUGAAGCAGCUGACUCCAAAUACUGAGUCUUUAUUGAAGCUCUGUGGUAAUUAUCAAGAAUUGUCAUCGCCAAGUAUUAGUUCUUAUACAAGUGUACGGCUAAAGGGCCUCUCAUUGUCACGAGUUUCUUGUCUGGAGCACUUGCUGUGGGUUCAAAUGUUGGAUCUCAGCAACAACAAACUUAGAUCAAUUGAAGGGUUGGAAGCUCUGCAACAGCUCUCCUGCUUAAAGCUUAGCAACAACAGGCUCAGCAGUUUUACAGCCCUAGAACCCUUGAAAAUGCUCAACUCAUUACGAGUUUUGGAUGUAUCAUACAACGAGAUUGGCGCCCACACCAUCGACACAAGAAGAUACUUGUGCUCGUCUCCUCUCAAUAGUACAACGGGGUCCAAGUGGCAGUCGAAGAUAUUCACUGAUGGAGAUGCUGAUUUGAAGCAUUUCUGGUAUGCUUAUCUACUCUUCAGGGACUUGAAUUUGGUGCAAUUGGAUAUCGUGGGAAAUGCAGUUGUCGACGAGAGAUUGAAAGCUUUUCUGGUCAAGUUGAUGCCAGCAUUGAAGUGGUUUGAUGGAGAGAGCUGCCAUUAGAUAUGUUUCAACAGUUGGCUAUUUAAGAAGUUGUUUCAUCUGCUUAUUGUUCUGUAAUUUUUUGUCUGAAAAACAACCCAACUGAAGUCGGAAAACUAACUGAAUUAACUGUAUGGCGUCUCUCUUUUCCUUCUCUUUUCUUUUUACCAUGACAAUUUUAUCAUCAUUUAACAGUGUACAUUUCAAAGAUUUCUUAUAAGAAUAUCGAUAUUUAUACUC